AUGUCUUUCAAAGACUCCAAAACUACACAGGAGCUUAAAUUGCAUCGCACUAAAUGUACAGAAAUAAUGAAAAAUGUGCUGAUGCCGCACUUUCGCAAGGAACUUUUAGAUGAUAUUGGAAACCAAAAGUUCCGCAUUAUAAUGGAUGAGUCCACAGACGUCAGUGUCAGUAUACACCUUGGUCUUGUAAUUAGGGAUAUUAACCCUAGGCCUUAUCUUGGCUGCAUGUUUGAAACUGCUCAAUAUAAUUUAGACUCCGAAACUUUAAAUGCAAUACGACAACGCUGCACCGCCUUCUUACUGCAAUUAUUUAAGGAAUUGCAACAAAGGCUUCCAGACAACUACAAGCAGUUAGAAUCAAUGGCGUUGCUAAAUCCAGAGGAGGCAAUAAAACCAAUUAAGUCAAACACUAUCAUCGACGUUGCUGAAAUUUUGGGAUUUACACCGGAAAUAAUAGGCAAUCUGUAG